AUGGCAUCGCCACCCCAGCCAGAGAAAUUAGUUGUCCAAUCAACGGACCAUGACGAAGCAGGCAACGAAGCCGCUCGGACAACAAAAGAAAUAUCUAUUGAAGCCGAGGCCAAAGGCCAAGGCGUCACUGGAUAUGAAGAGUUGACACCGUGGCAGACCGUUAAGCAGCUCAAAUUUGUCUGCCUCAUCUGCUUUGCUGUCACUUUCAGCGCUGCUACUGAUGGAUAUCAGGUGGGAAUGGUCGGGAACAUCAUUGCCAACAAAGGUUUUGUGAAAAAGUUCGGCACCCAGACAACCUCGGAUGGCGACGUUGUCCUUGCCUCCUCUGUUCUUAGUCUUUGGAACAUCCUUGCUUCUGUCGGACAACUCACUGGCAUGAUUACUUUGCCCUUCCUUUCCGACAGGUUUGGUCGAAAAGCUUCAAUGUAUUACUAUUGGUUGUUGCUCACCAUCAGUGUUAUCCUUGAAUGCGUCGCCCAAAAUUGGCAGGUCUGGCUAGUAUCGAAGAUAUUUGGAGGGCUCGGCGUCGGUUGUCUACAAUCAACGAUCCCUACUUAUAUAUCGGAGGUGGCGCCGAUUCGCGUUCGAGGUGCAUUCCUCAUGUGCUACAGCUUUUGGUUUACACUUGGUCAGUUCUUCGCUCCGGUUGCACUCCAGGUUUUGCAUUCGCAGAAGCCUGAAGACUACCUAACUCCUAUAUACACCCAGUUCUCUCAGCUCGGCAUCAUGAUUAUUAUCUACCUCCUGAUUCCGGAAUCACCGGCCUGGUGUGCCUCAAGGGACAAAGAAGAAAGGGCAAAGAAAUCUCUCAAGCGACUAUAUAGGGGGGUCCCUGGCUACGAUGUGGACCACCAGUACAACCUCCUGGUCCUCACCGUCAAACACGAGCGCCAGCUGGCUGUCGAGCAACGACAAGAAAGCUGGACGGCCAUCUUCAGGGGUAGUGAUGGCAAGCGUACCAUAGUUUCCCUCUGGACGCUCAUGGCACAGCACUUCAUUGGACUUGGUGUCUUUUUUAGUUACAGCACCUACUUUUUCCAACAAGUCGGAUUCGAAGACCCAUUCAAAGUCACUUGCAUCACUUCGAGUAUCAAUAUUGCCUUCAGUAUUAUUAUCAUCGCCCUAGCCGACGGCAUUGGCCGCCGCAUCCUGGCUUGUAGCGGGACCACUAUUUGCUGGCUGUGUACUGUUGUCGUUGGUAUUCUGGGCGUUGUACCAAGUUCCAACGCCACCAGCUACCUCUUGGUUCUCUUUGUUUGUAUUUGGAACAUCGGAUUGGUUGCCAAUGGAGCCACUGGCUGGGGCUUUAUCGGCGAGAUUUCGUCCCAGAGACUUCGUCCCUACACGGCUGGUUUUGCAGCUGGAUCAUGUUCUUUGGCGGGUAUUCUCUUCGGUUUUCUGACGCCGUAUAUGCUUAAUGCUCAUCAGUGGAACUGGGGCUUGAAAGCCAGUUGGCUGUAUGCAGGACUCGGGCUACCGUUCACCGCCGCCAUGUGGUUUUUAAUUCCAGAAACAAAAAAUCGUUCCGCGGCCGAGCUGGAUGAACUUUUUGAGAGAAAGAUCAAGCCGUGGCGGUUUCAUAAGACAACCACCGCAACUCAGAGGGUUGUUGAGCAAAACAAAGUUAACCAUUCACAAUAA